CGCGAUGGCCCAGCGACCUCGCCGAGCGCAGGUAUCGGUGCUCGAUGUUCCGGACGUCCCGGUCCUCGUCGUCCAGUACUCGUCGGCGCCGAGCGAUGUCGUCUCGUUCCUUCAAGCGCUACCAUUGGUUCUGCGCUCGCCACCGCUGACUGGGCUCCUCGACCUCUUGACGAAAUACCAUAAUGACAGGUCGCUCGAGUCGGACUGGCCCACGCCAUGCCUCGAUAAAGAGGUCCGCCAAGCCAGGCUCAGAUCCAUUGUUGCGGCCAUUUCAAUCUUCAACCGCAUUUGCAUCGGCGGCGUCAACGUGAGCAAGCGCUGGCCCGCGAGCGCGGACCCUACAUUCCGCCUGCCCUUUAGCUGGUUUGUCGUGACGUGGGCCGCUAAGGUGACAUCCGUCGACAUCUACAACGACAUUGACGAGCCCGAGCACCGCGAUGAGCUGUGCCGCGUGCUGGCUCGUUGCACGAACCUCAAGGACGUGCAUCUUCCGGGCCAUCUGGACUUGCUCGAGGCCGUGACGUCGCCGGCGCGCUGCGUCCCGGAUCUUCACCUCCGUUGGUAUGAAUUUUACGAUGAUAUGCAGCCAGCUAUUGCGCUGUUGCAGCGCUGGCUUGCCUCUGGCCAUGCGCGCCACUUGUUUCUCGAAGGCUUCCUCACUCCGAUGGACACCACGGCUCUGGCGCGUGCACUGGCGUCAUCGCCCACGCUCUCGAGCCUACGCCUCUUCGCAUCCGACCCCGUUGUCAGCAGCAUAAUCGCCCACGGUGCGAUGCUGUCUUCGCUCACGAAGCUUGAUGCGUGUGUACAUUCGAGCGACUUGAUGUCGAGUCUCCUCUCGCUGCUCCCGUUGCCGACGAUGAAGGCGCUUAAGGUUAGCGCGUAUGAGACGGAUCUCAGCGACUGCCUCUUCGAUAUGCUUCCACAGAUGUCGUCGCUCGAGAGCCUGAGCCUCAACACCGUGGAACUCUGCAGCACGACCGUGACUCGUUUCCCUUUCGACGCGCCGUCGGCGCUCCGCACGCUCGCACUGGCCGACGUCAGCGUCUCCGAGACGAAUCUGGAUGUGCUCUUUCAAUGGGCCAUAAGCUCCACGCACCUCGAGUCGGUCACGUUCCAAUGCUGCGAGUGGAUUGGCUCUCGCAUGCCGUACGUCACGACGACGGUCCAGCGAUGCAUUGGCGCCGGCGUUCGAUGCAUGCGCUUGGAAAACUGCGGCAUGAAUACACGCCACGUGUCGACGUUGGCCAAGGCGCUGCACGGGACGCAGGUGCGCAUCCCUUUCGAGCUCGACCUCUCGAACAACCCAUUUCUUAUUGCGGGGACCCAAGCCCUGCUCAAAGCGCUCGCAACGUGCACAAACGUGUCGGUCAAGCUCCCAUCUGCGCUCGAGUCGCCACUCCAAGACACCGAGCGACUGUACCUCGUCAAAGCACGAGCCGCCGGCGUCACCAUCGACGUGCGCGACGAGGACGUUUACAUCCACAGCCCAACUGCUGUCAAUGCCUAG